UCGUAAAAUUUAGUAAGAAUGCGGUAGUCUACUAUUCCCUGAUCAGUGGUUGAAAUCAGGAGGAAAAAAGAGCGAAUAUGACAGGUUGAAAAUGAAAGUAGCUCUGAGGUGAUAUCGCUGGACUUUAUUAUUAUUAUUAUUAUUAUUUUUUACCUAGUUCUUGGAAUUUAUCUGGCCUUAUGGAGGAGACUAUGGAAGAAGAUCGCUUCGAGAUUACUGAUGAUCACAACCAUAAUAACUGGGAGACGAGUGUAAAUACAUUGAGGUGCCCCGAAAAUAAUCUUUCAAAUGAGCCAAAACUCUUUCUGCGCUGCCCCGAACUUACAACACAACAUUCAUCACGCGAUUUGGAAGAAGUUCGUGAAAGAAAAGAGUCUGUGCACAGUUACUCGUCGGAAUCUAGCUGGGCCAGCGAUUCAGAUUGUGCUACCGCUUCUGUCCCUGGGAACACUACUCUUAACAUCAAUAACUCAGCUCCCAAGUUCUUGAUGAAUGUAAUGACUACAGAGGAUUAUAAAAGCACAUACUGGCCAAAACUGGAACAAGCCAUUGAUCAGCUAUUGACACAGAGCCCAGUGGACUACAUCCCAAUCUCCUAUGAGCAAAUAUAUAGCUGUGUGUAUAAAUGUGUCUGUCAGCAGCACUCGGAAAUGAUGUACGGUGAUUUAAAACAGAAAAUAACGGCUCAUUUGGAACAGGUCUCAGAAGAUUUGCAGGCUUGCCCAACAGACAAGUUUAUUGAAAAGUUUGACUCUGUUCUCACCCGGUACAUGGCAGCCCUGGAAAGCAUAGUGCCCAUAUUCAUAUAUAUGAACAAGUUUUACAUUGAAACAAAACUCAACCGAGAUCUGAGAGAUGACCUGGUCAGGCUGUUCACAGACAAUGUUGCAGAUAAACACGUGAACACAUUAAUGCCUCUCCUUCUAAAAGCCCAGUCCACACCUUUUCAAAUCACACCUUCCACCAUGGAAAGUGUAGUUAGGGGCCUCUACUCUCUCCGGCCAGACUGGGUACAGUUGGCUCCAGCUCUGUUCUCCAGCUUCAUUCCCCAGAUUCAUCCGCCAGUCCUUCAGUCUGAGCUCCAACACUACGCUGCUCAGGACCAGAAACUUCAAAUGGAGCUCAUCCAGAAUGGCUUUGCCAGGGGCGACCAAUCGCGCAAAAGGGCUGGUGAAGACCUGGCAAACAAUGUUCCCUCAUCUGCUCUUCCUUGGUCUACGUCCAGAAGCUGCAGAUAGAAGAAUUGGAAAUUCUGAUUUUUUUUUAUUUUUUAUGAAGGGACCUUCAAAUGCUGAAAUUGUGGGCAAAUUAAUCCAACACCAAACUGUUGAGGAAGCUGUAGUUUGGCACAGAUACCGUAUCACAUGAUGGAAGUUACUGUGUAAAAUAGAAAGUUUCUAAAGCUUUAAGUCAUGUUAAAGCACAAUGUGAGUCAAGAGCAGUCAUAGUCUCUAGCAAAUGAGGGUGAUUGUCAUGGUCCCCUCAUUUAAUGGUGUAAAUACUGACUUUUUGCAGUAUUUAACAGGUGACUGUUAUUUUACCAGGUUUUUAAAAAAUAUGAUUUUUCUCAAAUGAACAGCUUUGUUGCUAUGAAAAAGUACAGAAUUCCUCUGAUGGGGAAGAAGUGCCUCUGUGUGUCCUGUGAUCAAUCCAUUUAUCUGAAAUGAUUUUUCAUUUUUUGUGACACUGGUAAAUAAAAAUUUCUGUCUAUGCUGAA